AUGGCAUCACAUCUUGCUACCCAUGUGUCAACUGUAGUUCUCGGACUGCUGUUCAUACUGCCUGGUAUAGUAAAGACAGUGCGCUUGAAUACAACACUUUACCGGGAAAUGUUAAAGACAUUCAAGAAUUUCACUGAAGUAUCACCACUAAGGCAUAUUGGAGUGAUACCUAGUCCUCAAAUCUACAUGCAGUCUAUGGGAGUUUUCGAACUAUUACUAGGCACUACGUUGGUUGUUGGACAUGUAUCGUUCAAGAAAUUCGCUUGUCUGGGAAUUAUGGCUCUUAUGCUGCUCACAACAUAUUGUCAGGUCGCCUUAAAAGAUUACAGUGCAACCAUUGUGCCUUGUGGAUACUUUUGCCUUCUUAGCAGGUUAUAUUUCUCCCUGGACAAACUUGAAGAUCGACGAGUAAAAUAA